GAGCAGUUGGUCUGGCAACUGCCAUGGCUGCCUUUGGCGUUUAGUCCCAAGGAAGAAAGGGAGAGUUUCAGUCCUUUGGAAGACUAUCCAUUCCAGGAUUUUCUUUGAAGUGUUUGACCUGUACCCAGAAAAGACUUUCUUCUGAGAUGGAAACCCUCAAGGAGAAACACAAACCACAAGAAUGCAGACAUCAUGGCAUGUUGCGCCAAUGCCCUGUGUUGCUCAGAAAAGCCUGGAGAAAGAAGAAGUGCCAUCUCUUCUUGUUCAGUGAUGUUCUGGUUGUGUCUAACAGUGUGCAUAAGGAGAAGUUUAAGAUAAAAUACAUCAUCCCUCUGAAAUUCAUCUGGGUGAGUGACUAUGGGUCAAGAUGGACUGACCAUAGUGGUACCAGCAAGUCCCUCAUCCUGCAGUGGCCCAAGAAAAGAGUUGUGGCCACCUUCAGGUCCCGUGACGAGAAACAACAGUGGCACAUUGUCCUUCUAAGAUGCUUUGUUGAAUCCUUGGGGAUUAUUAAGAAGAGAAAGAGAACUGCAUGGCAGCCAUUCACCAAGGACAUUCCAGGCUCAACCAGUGCAUGCGCAUAGACACCUGCUGAUGUCUUUGCCUGAUCCAGAGGAAGAUGCCUACUUGUCCUUUCUGGGUAAAUAAAAUGUCCUUUGUGCUGAGAA